AUGCCGUCAAAAGAGUGGAAAUUAAGGAAUUUAAGGAAUCUUCUUGAAGUCAAACAACGAGUAUUUGACCGACAAUUAGGAGAAGCUAUGGAUUGUGUCGAAUAUUUCAUUUCGUGUGAAUUAUUCCGUCAGAUCUUAGAAAGUGUUCAGUAUUUGCAUGAAUUGAAUCCACAGAUCAUCCACAGAGACCUUAAACCCGAAAACAUAUUAAUCACUGAAAAUUCGGAGUGA